AUGCCUCUCGCCAACUUUUCCCUGGUCAAGAAGCAGUUCACUGCGACGAAGAUGCUGUUCAACAUACUCUUUUGGGGUGUGCACUGGGGCAUCUUUGCCUUUGGAUGGUACAAACAGGCUGCCGAGCCUAGGCUGGCGCCACUCAACACACUGAAAUAUUCCGUGUGGAUUUCCAGAGGUGCUGGUCUCGUGCUUAGUGUGGACGGCACAUUGAUCCUGCUCCCCGUCUGCCGAACCAUCAUGCGAUGGAUCCGGCCGAAGAUCAGAUUCCUACCUCUAGAUGAGAACAUCUGGUUUCACAGACAGGUGGCGUAUGCCAUGGUGUUCUUCACCCUGCUGCACACAGGUGCUCAUUAUAUCAACUUCUUCAAUGUCGAGCGUGCCCAGCUUCGUCCUGAGACUGCAGUCCAGAUCCACUACGCGCAAGCUGGAGGCGUUACAGGCCACAUCAUGCUAUUCUGCAUGCUCAUGAUGUACACGACUGCUCAUUCUCGUAUUCGCCAACAGUCUUUCGAGACAUUUUGGUACACACAUCACCUCUUUAUCCCCUUCCUCCUCGGCUUGUAUACCCAUACGGUCGGCUGCUUCGUGCGCGACACCGCCGCCCCUUUCUCUCCCUUUGCCGGCAAGGACUACUGGGAGCACUGCAUCGGUUAUCUCGGCUGGCGCUGGGAGCUUUGGAGCGGUGGCCUCUACCUCAUCGAGCGCCUGUACCGUGAGAUCCGGGCCCGCAGAGAGACUAAGAUUACCCGUGUCGUUCGCCACCCAUACGACGUUGUCGAGAUCCAGUUCAGCAAGCCUUCCUUCAAGUACAAGGCCGGCCAGUGGCUCUUCCUUCAGGUCCCUGGCAUUUCCAACUACCAGUGGCACCCAUUCACCAUCACCUCUUGCCCGUUUGACCCCUACGUUUCGGUCCACGUUCGCCAGGUUGGUGACUUUACCCGCGCUCUCGGCGAUGCCGUCGGCGCCGGUGCUGCACAGUCUAAGCUGUAUGAUGGCGUCGACCCCAUGGGCAUGUACGAGGUGGCUCUGCAGAACGGCCAGCAGAUGCCUAGCCUCCGCAUCGACGGCCCUUACGGUGCGCCCGCCGAAGACGUCUUCAACAAUGAAAUUGCCGUUCUCAUCGGCACUGGUAUCGGUGUCACGCCGUGGGCCUCCAUCCUGAAGAAUAUCUGGCACCUGCGCAACGGACCCAACCCUCCCACCCGUCUCCGUCGUGUCGAAUUUAUUUGGGUCUGCAAAGACACUGGCUCUUUUGAGUGGUUCCAGACCCUCCUUUCCUCGCUCGAAUCUCAAUCCGACGAGGCUGCACGCACACCAGGCAGCAACGGCAUUGAGUUCCUCAAGAUCCACACCUAUCUCACACAGAAGCUCGACAUGGACACAACCCAGAACAUCGUUCUUAACUCGGUCGGCGCCCAGCUCGAUCCUCUCACCGAGCUUAAGUCCCGCACCAACUUUGGAAGGCCAAACUUUUCCAAGCUCUUCUCAACCAUGCGCGAUGGCAUUCUCGACCGCACUUACCUCAACGGCCUUGAGGGCAGCAUGCGGACGACGGUUGGUGUCUACUUCUGCGGCCCCUCCGCAGCCGCCCGAGAUAUCAAGGGUGCUUGCAAGGACGCCGCCAUCCCUGAAGUUAACUUCCGUUUCUGGAAGGAGCAUUUCUGA